AUGUCGGUUUGCCUAACGGAUGCUGGUUUGUGCGGCGCUUUGGGAUUUAAUCCUUUUUUGCUUUGGGCUCUUGUCUUAGAAUCAAUUUUUUUGGUAUGUUUUGCGUAUUUUCUACUCUGGAUUUUUCGUUGGCGCUUUCCAAAAAAAUAUCAACUCACCGGUUUCAACGUUCUGAUCACUGGAGGAUCAAGCGGCAUUGGGUUUUCGCUAUCAGAGCUAUUCUAUCGAUCAGGAGCCAAUGUCUCCUUGCUCGCUCGUGAUUUUCACCGAUUGGAGGCGGCCAAAUCGAAAUUGGAACACUCUGUUAACAGUGGUGGUACUAUUCACUUACUCUCCAUCGAUUUGCGUGACACUUUUGACCAGUUGCAUACCAAACUUCAAGCGCACAUUUCUGAGACAGGUCCUGUGGAUAUUUUAAUCAAUUGCGCUGGAUUUGCGGUGUCUCGCACAUUUUUGGACACUCCGCCGCACGUGUUCAAUGAUUUGUUCGAAACCAACUACUUGGGCGCUGUGAAGCUGACCAAAUUACUACUUCCAACCAUGAUACAUGAUCAUUCGCGCCCUGUUUCGGACCGUCGCAUUGCUUUCGUGUGCAGUAUGGCCGCCCAGGCCAGUAUUUUCGGUAUGGCCGCUUACACUGGAAGUAAAUGCGCUUUGCGUGGCUUCGCCGAAACUUUGCGCCUCGAACUCGAGCAUUCCGGCCCCCUUGUGACUUUGGCCUUUCCACCGGACACAGACACUCCUGGAUUUGCAACUGAGAAUAUCGGAAAGCCGGAAGAAACGUCAGAGAUUUCUCACACGAGUGGUUUGGCUUCACCCGAGCAUGUUGCUUCUGCAGUGUUCCGGGACAUUCUUGCCGGAAAGUUGAUCAGCUCAUACGGAUUAGAAGGCUCAGCUCUGAGUAUGCUCACCGCUGGUGUGCUCCCACCUACAGGUUUCUCGCGCGUGACGCUAGGAACUCUACCUGGUCUUGUUGGAAGUUGCAUCCUCGAUGUCCUCUUGGCCGGCCCACUUCGAGCCAUUGCAAUCGGAGUUCAACUGUUUGUCCACAGCAUCCCCGUAAUCGAAUUGUGA